ACACAACACACUUUUCGUUUUUUCUUUUUUAUUUUUCCUUCUCUGCUAAUUUUAUUUCCCCCUCGACACACACACCAAAACGACCCUUCUCGGUUCAAAAGCUUCACCGUUUCGGUUUUCAUGGCUAGGGUUUCGUAUUCUGCUUCAUGAUAAUGAUCCGAGAGAGUAGAAACAACUCGUUCACUCCUUCAAUUCCUCAGUUUCAAUAUAAAACGACGCGUUUCAUCACUCAAUGCGUUGAUUCCUUUUCUUCUUCUUUCAUUUCUCUCUUGACGGAUUGAAGGUGCAAAUUUAAAUUCCCAAUUUGUAAGUCCUAAUCCUGAACAAACUUAAGUCAUGCUGAACAAGGGAGCUCCUGAGUUUGUAGUUGAUCAGAAUUUGUAUUACCCUGCUGCCACCAAUUAUGGGUAUUACUGUACAGGAUUUGAAUCACCCGGGGAAUGGGAGGAUCACCACCUUGGGAUUUUUGGUGUAGAUGGUUAUGGUCCUGACCACCUGGGUGCACAAACUGAUCCUUAUGUAUAUUAUAACCAUGGAUAUGCACAGUCUCCCUACAACCCAUAUAAUCCGUACAUUCCUGGUGCUUUGAUAGGAGUUGAUAACUCGUUUGGAGGAGGACAACAUUAUUAUACCGGCCCCAGCUAUCAAGAUCCUGUUUCUUCACCUGCUUAUAUACCCCUUGUAUUUCAACCAGAUACUUUUUCUGAUGGUUCUGUGGACUCAUUUGGAACCGGUGCUUCUGUCAGUAAACCUGAUGGAAGAGGUUUGAAACAUAAGUUCAAUUCAGCUUCUGGUAACUUUUAUAGGAACUCUUCAAAACUUUUAUCAAGUCAGUCAAGUUCAUUGGCCAGGGUAUCGGAAGGGUCGAGAGCUAAUGAUGGGAGGAAGAAAGAUUUGAGGCACACAAAUGUUUCUGGGAGUAAUUUUCUCAAUGUAGCUUCAUCAGCUGUCCAUCAGGUUAGAAAUUCAGGUGUGUCAGGACAUACUGUGGAUAAUUUAUCCAAUGGAAACAUUGGACCUUAUCAUAAUCAAUUGAAAUUAGGUCCUCCUUCAAACAGUGGAUUUUCUGAUUUUGGAUAUAAUGCUAAUGGACAGUCUGCGUUUACUAAAGUUCGGCCAAAGCCACACUUUGGUAAGUUACUAAAUGAUGGAAAUGGAAGCUCUAAUGUAUUGGGGGAGCAAAACCGAGGUCCUAGAAUUAGUGGAUCUAAACAUCAGCCGCCUGUUAAAGCCUAUACAACAAAGGCAGGAGACAGUAACGACCAAGGAAACAUUGUAAUUCAUGCUGAUCACUAUAACAGGGAGGACAUACCUGUUGAUUAUGAAGAUGCAAAGUUUUUUGUUAUAAAAUCAUAUAGUGAGGAUGAUGUGCAUAAAAGUAUCAAAUAUAAUGUGUGGUCAUCAACACCUCAUGGAAACAAGAAGCUCCAGACUGCUUAUGAUGAUGCAAAGAAAAUAGCAGCGGAAAAAUCUGGAGUUUGCCCUAUCUUCUUAUUUUAUUCUGUUAAUGCAAGUGGCCAGUUCUGUGGUGUUGCAGAGAUGGUAGGUCAAGUUGAUUUUAAUAAGGAUAUGGACUUCUGGCAGCAAGAUAAAUGGAAUGGGAACUUUCCUGUAAAGUGGCACAUGAUAAAAGACGUGCCAAAUUCAAAUUUUAGACACAUCAUACUAGAGAACAAUGAAAAUAAGCCAGUAACUAACAGCAGAGACACACAAGAGGUAAUUUUCUUGAAGGGUUUGGAAAUGCUAAAGAUAUUCAAAAAUUAUACUCUGAAAACAUCAUUGCUUGAUGACUUCAACUACUAUGAAAACCGCCAGAAGAUCAUACAGGAUGAGAAGGCCAAGUUGUUAAUCAAGAGUUUUGAGGGUCCUUUAUUUUUUCCAGCAUUGGAGGCUCCUCAAAAGUUGAAUUUUGACAUACCUCCCAUCAAUGAUGAGAAAAUUUUCAAGCUUGAGAAUGAUUCUGGCAACUUACAAAUGAAGACCUCAAUAUCAAUUCCUGAUCCUGUUGUCAGUAAAUCAGAGGUUACUACUAAUUCGGCAGAUGAGAAGGUUGAGAAAACUAUGGGUGACAAACAAGAUAUCUCUUCUAUCCUAAAGAUUGGUUCAGUCACCAUCACGCCAAAGCCGGUUGAAACUAAACAUGGCAUUGGCGUUGGAAAUAAAGAACCUAUGAAUGUUGUUACAGUAGGCUCAAUGCAGGUUGAAGUUAAUAGAAUUUCCAAGUCAUCUGGUUCCUUAAAGGUUGGCAGUAUUUCGCUAGAUACAAGAGCAUUACCGCUUGGAAAAGUUGAUGGUGCUGUUAAGAGUGGCUCUAAACGUUAGAAUUUUGCAUUGCAUUGUAUUUCACCUUUCAGUGCUGAAUAGGCUACUAAGUAGUGUCAAAUGUUGCAAAUUUCAUCAUCCAAUUGAGAAAUCAGCCAAAGCAUAAUUCCCUAUGAUUUCUCUCAUGUUUGUGUAAACGAGAGCUCUUCCUGCCAUGUUUUCAGUGUUAUUCAUUUUGAUUUGACUUGAGCUGAGAAAGUGUAUCCCAUGACAUGAAUGGGCAAAAGUGAUUGAUUAAGAA